CGUCUUACUUUUAUAAUCAAUAAUAAGUUAAUAACACAUAUUUCUUCGCAGACGUAACUACGUGGUUGUAAGGGAUUAAACACCGGAUUAGAUUCAAAAGAAAGAGUUGCUCAAAACGUUGGUAACUAAAGAAAAAACAACUUUGUUUAGUGGGUGUGCGUUGAUGGAUCUUGGAAUUUAAAGACAGCGGCAGUUAGAUUAAUUGUUCUGACUUGAGUUCACUACGUAUGACGAACUAUGAAACACUUGUGUUUAACACUUAAGAAACAUAAGUUGUAGAAAGUUUUUACUCCCUGUUAACUUUUCACUAACUUCACUCUGGAAUCGAACGUCAUGAAAGGUGUUUGUACGAUUUUCAUUUUUAUGGUUUUGACAUAUCCUGUUUAUAUCAGGGCAAACUCGAUGCACAUGCAUCAAAGACGAGGAGUUUCAUGCCCUAAAGGAUGUCAGUGCCAACCGGCUUACCUGUCUCACACCUUGAUGGCUAGAUGGUUCGACAGAGAACAAAAUUUAAGAGCCACUCUUUGUGUGCUUCAACAAGAAACCCAUAUCCAAAAGUUAUUUGAUGAAAUUCCAUUAGCAACCGAGAUGCUUACGAUACUUCAGGCACCAGAUGCACCCAAUUCUACUAUUACCGAAUCCAUGUUGUCUCGCUUACCAAAGCUGCAAGGCAUUGAUUUCCAAGGAUCAGGACAAAACCCUUACAAACUGAACCUAGGACCUUGUGCUUUUCGACAACUUCAUAGUCUUCAAUACAUUUCUUUGCAGAAGGUCAAUUUUAUGGGCAAUAAAGUGUUUGAUGGGUUAAAGACGGUAGAAGUGUUACAAAUAUCAGAGUGUGAUAUUGAGGUUCUCUCUUGGAGACUUCUUGCCGAACUUUCGUCUUUACAGGAAAUAGCUCUCGUGCGAAACGGAAUUAGCUUUUUAGAAGAUUUUGCAUUUUAUGGCACUCCAGACUUAAAGCGAUUAUCCUUGUCGCACAACAACAUUAUGACGUUACAAGCUGAAGCACUAGUCGGAUUACUGAAGUUGGAAGUACUCGACCUCAGUAACAACAAUCUCGACAGAAUCUCUGGGGUUUCUUUCCCACCCCUCCCACAUUUGCAAUGGCUAGAACUAAAACAUAAUCCGAUUGAAGUCAUCUUUCCAAACUGUUUCCAGUUUCUAAAUGGUACUUAUCGUCUGAGCCUUGGUCACGCCGAAAAGUCCAUUCAUCUGAUAAAGUUCAGUUUUCGAGGUCUAGAAAAUUUAAUAUAUCUUCAUAUUCCGAAUGUUAACAACGACAUUCUAUUAGAACACAUGUUUUAUGGGCUUAAUUCUUUGACACACUUGACCCUAGAGGGCAGGAUUACCGCUAUUGGCGACCGUGCUUUCGUUGGCGCACACCGGAGGCUGGAAAGACUUAGCCUUCACAAGUGCAAGUUGAUAAGGAUUGCCAGGGAUGCAUUCCAUGGACUUCACCUAUUAAUAUCUUUGGAUUUAUCUUCCAACAAACUACGGGGAAUUUCUAGACAUUCCUUUGAAAAUCUGGAACGACUACGUGAACUGAUUCUAAAUGACAACAUGUUACACAUUCUUCCGAAUGAAGUGUUCCUUCUGCCACAACUAAGAAGUCUAAGACUUGACUCAAAUUCGUGGAACUGCACUUGUGGAAUGGCCAGUUGGAGCGAGGACGUAACAACUCGUGUACGAAGAGUACUGUCCAAUCCAUGUCCACUGGGGAACCAAAAAGCAAACUGUAUGGGAUUCGAGUCCGCUUAUGUCGUAGAUCCCAGAGUAACACCAAGGUGUGAUUACCCACCACAGAUUCGAGGAAGAACUGUGUACGAGGCUAUAAGACACCAUCUUGACUGCUACAAAAGAAACGAAUGAAUGUGUUAUACUCGAAGUAAUGCAUAAUAAGAACCACGUGUGUUAUAUUUUGUCGGUGUAGCUUCAAAAAAUCACCUUUUUCGUACAAAUAAAAAUAAUUAGAAGGGAUCACUUUGUAAGGUUACCAUAAAUAUGUAUGUGAAAACAAAACAAAAAGGUUUGAAUUAGUAUCACCAUAUUGUUUGACAGUUAAUGUUAUUUUGUUGUAAGAACUGCGAAUAAUUGUCAGUUACGCGUUGUAUGAUUAAUGGAAUAGUUAGCUCAAAAACACACACACAUAUAUAUACAUGUAAAUAACGAAAGAGGGAACCGAAUGCUUGAAACUUAUUGAAUGACCAUCGAAAUCAGAUUUGUUUAACAGAAAAGUAUAUAUAUCAGAAAAAGUACAAAUGUUUUGUUUAAAUUUUCUAUUACUGUGUAUAAUAUAUAUACAUGAAGGAUUAUAAUUGAUUCU